AGGGGAGAGAGAGAAAAAGGGCCUUAACUUCACUGCCCACACUCGGCCCAGAACCCCAUAAAACAGAGCAGAGCAGCGAGGGAGGGUUGUAGCAAUUGCUGGUUCUUUCUUCUUCUUCUUCUUCUCCUUCUGCGUCUGCUCAGAAGCUAUAAGGGAGAGGGUGCUUCGGCUAUUGUAGUAAGCUUUGACUGCUAUUUUCUGUUUUGAACAGAGAAAGCCAAACCCCGGGAGGAUCAUAUGAAGAUUACCGUUCAUGGGAAUAUGAGAAAUCAAAGCACUGUGCUACCACUCAUCCUCUCGAGUUGGUAGGUAGGUCUCUUGUGUGUGUGGUUGAGAAAGAAACCUUACUUGUAGCAGCGGGAGUGAGAAACAUACAUAGCCACCUGGGGAGUAUAGAGGGAGAGAGAGAGAAACAGAUAGAUACAACACUCAACUCGUAAACGAACGACGAGUAUUUGGUUUAGUUGCAGCCAUGGAUGGGUACGAAGCUACAAGAAUUGUUUUCUCGCGGAUCCAAAAUUUGGACCCCGAGAAUGCUUCCAAAAUCAUGGGUCUGCUUCUGAUUCAAGACCAUGGUGAGAAAGAGAUGAUUAGAUUAGCAUUUGGUCCUGAAGCUCUGGUUCACUCUGUGAUUGUUAAAGCUCGCAAAGACUUGGGAUUAUCCUUGUACGCUCCGUCUACUCCUUCAACUCCUCCUCCGUCUUCAUCACCAUCCUCUUUCCUUUCAAGGCAAAAUUCUACUUCUUCACGGCUAAGCAGCACCGGAGUCAACUUUCCUCCUCCUGCUCUUACAAUCCCAAACCCCUCUUCUUCUGCGCCUUGGGCUGAUAGUUUGAUGAGCCCGAACAACAGUUUGCUUGUUGGCUCUAAUUCUCCUCAUAUCAGCGUUCCUUCACCUUCUUCUUCCUUACCCUUUUAUGGUUCUGAUCCAAUUGACGAGUUUCAACUUCAGGACCAGCUUUCUUUCCUCAAUGAUGGGUCUCCUCCCUCUUACGGGUGGGGCGGGUCAGUCCAUCGCCGGAGUUGCUCCGUUAAUGAAGCUUGUUUGGGGUCUGAGGAUCCGAAUUCUGGGUUGGGCUGGAAGCCUUGUCUUUACUUUGCUAGAGGUUACUGCAAAAACGGUACUAGCUGUCGGUUCCUUCAUGGAGGAGGAAUUGGAGAUUCUGAUGGUGUUUCAAUGGUUGGGUCUCCUAGCAAGAUUGAGAUGUUGGACCAGAGCAGCCAUGAGCUUCUCAGAUCUAAAAGUGCUCAACAGCAAAGAUUGCUCAUGGCUUCUUCUUUGCCUUACUCUCCAAAGGGCAUGAAUUUUCUACUGCAACAGCAGCAAACUGAUUCCCAGAGGUACAAGAGUUGUGUUUCCUGCACUUAUGAGAACGAGGAUUUGCACAAGUUUGGGCGAUCCAGGCUUGAAAGAAACGAUUUUUCUCUCAGUGGAGGUUGUGGAAUUGGGAACCCAGCUUCGAGGCAGAUCUACUUGACCUUUCCGGCGGAUAGUACUUUCAGAGAGGAAGAUGUUUCAAAUUACUUCAGCAUUUAUGGUCCUGUUCAAGAUGUGAGGAUUCCAUACCAGCAGAAGCGUAUGUUUGGAUUUGUGACCUUUGUUUAUCCAGAGACAGUGAAGCUCAUUCUAUCAAAGGGAAACCCCCACUUUGUUUGUGAUGCUCGCGUGCUAGUCAAGCCUUACAAGGAAAAAGGCAAAGUCCCGGACAAGAAACAAGUUGAAAGGGGUGAUUUCUCACCUUGUGGUACUCCUACUGGGCUUGAUGCUAGAGAUCCAUUUGAUCUUCAACUUGGAGGGAGAAUGUACUAUAAUACCCAAGAUAUGCUGUGGAGGAGGAAGCUGGAGGAGCAAACUGACUUGCAGCAAGCUCUUGAGCUUCAAAGUAGGAGACUCAUGGGUCUACAAUUUCUUGACAUCAAGAAGCAGCACCAGAGGGCAUUCUCAACAGGAAGCCCAAUUCCUUCCCCUACUCAAUCUCCCAACAUGUUCAAUCAGAAUCUUGUUCUUCCUUCAUGUCAUGGUGGCAGCUCUGAAGCUUCUCUAGAGGAAAGUGUUUUGAGCUCUGCUCCUCCUAGCGCGGCACAGAUUUCUGCUGGUCAGCAGCCACCAAUGGAGCCGAAGGUCAAUGUUUCUGUUGGCAAAGUUAUACCCAAUGGCGAGAAUGGAGGGGGCAGUGGCUGUGAUGGCAAUGGGAAUGGCAAGCAAAGCACUAGUCAUGAAGACUGUAAUUUUCAAGAAUGGUUCCUGAAUAAAUGCAGUUUGGAGCAUAACCUCCCAGAUAGCCCUUUUGCUUCUCCAACAAAAGCUGCUGGAGACUACGUGGCUGCCUUCUCCAACGGAGGACCUAACGAGGCCCUUGAUUCCGAUAGCUCAGCUGCAUCUACCAACUCUGAAUUCGGUACUACAAGUGCAUUUCCUCCAGCAACAUCUUCUCUUGACAUGGGAUCUUUCAAGUCCUUUAACUGUCAAAUUCCAAGGUUUUCUUCCAGCCACGGAAACAUUGAAAUGUUUGCCGGCAAGGGUGGACCCAUCGCCAUUUAGCAUCCUGAGCUUCGGGAAGAGAGAAGUAAUGGACCAAAGAAGACCAGGAACAGCAAACAAAUCUGUAGAGAAUCACCACCACCAAGCCCAUCAACAUCAUCAUCAAUACUAUACUCCUUACUACCAUACAAAAUGCAUACGUAAAAAGCAGUUUAGUAAAGGAAGUGGGGCAGCCAUUCCUUUUUCUUUUAUUGUCAUUAUUGUACCAUUGUCCAUCUUUCUCGUCUCUCAUUUUGUGUAGUAGCUGAAAGUGAAUGAACCACAGGUUAAAGAAAAAAAAUAACGUAGAAAGAAUCUGAGUCUAUUGGUAUUAGGAAGAACUAAAGUCCCUGGUACUGUAAUUUCUUCUUCCCCUUCCCCUUUAAUUGCUAGGGUUGAAUGUAUUGAAGUCUUCAGUCCUGCGAUGUUUUAGAGCUUAGAGGUAUAAUUUGAGUCCUUGGAUUUGCUGGAGCACAAGCAGAUAAAACAUGAAGAAGUGAAAACAAGUAGAAGCUGAGUUGUAACUACCGGGGCUGAUUCAAUCAAUCAAAUUCCAUUAUGGACAAUUUGACUUUGGAGGCCAGAAGGGAAAAAGGGAGGGGAUGAUUGUUAUUCCUAGCUGGCUGAAGUUUCAAAGUGGAGAUUUCAGACGUCAACCUCUGUUGUGUUGUAGUUUGUCUGUAAUUCCUACUUAGUUUAUAAUAUACACAGUCAACAAAGCCCUUUAGAGAUUACCUGAAAGCAAAGACUAAAGAGAAAGGUUUAGAAGAAAAUCACAAUGCAAAAAAAGAGAGUAGAGAUUUCUAGACAGAAUGGUCUGUGUCCUUGCCUACCCUUCUCUUUUGUUAUUAUUUAUAGAUGAAUUCUUGUCUCUUUGUUGCUGCAAUUAAACUUUCAUUUUCAAAA